AGGUAUCAUCUAUCCGUCACCUCAUCACCAACUGCUCUGACCAAAUCCACUGCUACAUUACAGUUUCCAAUACAUACAUACAGCAAUACAAACAACAACACAUAUCAUAAUGCACUCUACGGGUAGUUUCUCUUCUUCUUCUGCCAUGAUGACGGCCCAAAUUCACUUGGUCAUGGGCGGUACCAUUUUGGAUCGGACCAUGCCGUCGGUGUUACGAGACGAACGACCGUUGCAUCGGAAUCGCGUCUUGACGGAAUUGGAAUGGAAGGACUUUUUGGACGACGUCCAAGACGCCAUGAGUUGGUCGCGUCAUUGGUACCGGUGCUUUCAAUCAUGGCCCGUGGUGCUCUCGCUCAGUGUGACGCUCCUGUCUUGGUUGGUCUGGUUGUGGUCUUCUACACUAUUACUGAUGCUGCAACAACAACAACAAGAACAAGAAGCCCAUCACAAUAAUGAGACACUCCUGAUUGUCAGCGACCAUCGCAAUACUACUACUAGAACUCACGACGACGGCAGUAGUGAUUCGGUCUUUUGGCAGUACAUUUGGCCGGACAUUUGCCUCUUUUUGACAUUGCUUUCCACCUUCAUUGUGGUACUCUCCGGCGUGCAUGUGUCGUCCACAUUUCCCGAUCAUGUGUCCCAAGUCUGCAAGGACUACACGGCAAAAUACCAAUCCUACUAUGGUGUCACGUUUUCCUUGCAACAACAUAAAGUCGUGACCAAAACACGACGACGACAUCAUGCCCGUCAUGGAGCCAGUACUAGUACUGCUCCAACAAUGCAACUCAUGCAUUACAUCUUGGUGUCCCGACUGCCACCCGAAGAAGUUUCCACGAGUAUGCCCCUUUCGGCACAACCCUAUCAAUCCAUGUCGACGGCACCCUUUUUUGACAUGCCACGGGUGCUCCUUCCGCCGGCCAAUUCUCAUUCGAACGUCCGCGUUCCGACGACAUGGACCGAAGAACGAGACGAAGAAGAAGAUACAAGUUAUCAUAAUAAGGUCAACAACAACAAUCAGGAGUACAGCAUUGGAUGGAACAUUGAUGACGAGGAAGAGUAGGAUUAUGCUUGCUUGCUCUUGGCUGUCAGAGCAAUAGAGGGAGAGUUCGAGAGAGAGAUGGAGAGAAUCCGAGAUGCGUACAGAACCAGAAACAGGAACAAGCAACAAUUCAUUCAUGGCUUUCUCGUCGUGCUUCCAUGGGAUCUUGGUUCGUCUGCCAUCACAUACAUAUGAAUGAAAUGCCGUCAAGUGACCAGGGCGACACUUUGGAAUCGAAUCUUUACAAAACUACAAUUGACACUGUCCCCGGUGGGCUGUGGCUUGUACGUUGUAGUUUAGUACCGCAUGUACAUACUAGC